AUGUUAGACCCUCUCUGGCUUUUUUUCAGCCUUUUGGCUGUGACUGCAGCUCAAAACUCCACUGAAGAACAUGCUAAACAAUUUCUGGAUAACUAUAACAGAGAAGCGGAAGAGUUAUCUCAUCAAAGUUCACUUGCUUCUUGGGAAUAUAACACUAAUAUUACAGAUGAGAAUAUCGAAAAGAUGAACGAAGCCGGUGCCAGGUGGUCUUUAUUUUAUGAAAACCAGUCCAGCCUUUCCAGAACAUUUUCACUAAAUGAAAUUACAAACCCCACAAUCAAACUUCAACUUAAGUCUCUCCAGCAGAAAGGAGCGUCAGUGUUGUCACCUGAGAAGGGUGCACGGCUGAAUACAAUCUUGAAUACCAUGAGCACUCUCUACAGUACCGGAUCUGUCUGUAACUCUGAGACUCCCCAGAAAUGUUUCCUGCUUGAACCAGGAUUAGACAAAGUCAUGGAAGAAAGCAGAGAUUAUUAUGAAAGGCUAUGGGCCUGGGAAGGCUGGAGAUCUAAAGUUGGCAAAGAAAUGAGGCCAUUAUAUGAAGAAUAUGUGGAACUAAAAAAUGAGCUUGCCAAAGGAAAUGAAACAGAAAUAAAUUUCCUGUUCAAGCAAGCCCUCACCAUUGUUGGAACAAUGCCUUUUACUUAUAUGCUAGAAAAGUGGAGAUGGAUGGUGUUUGAGGGGAAUAUUCCCAAAGAAGAGUGGAUGAAAAAGUGGUGGGAGAUGAAGCGUGAAAUAGUUGGUGUGGUGGAGCCCCUACCCCAUGAUGAAACCUACUGUGACCCUGCUGCAUUGUUUCAUGUGGCCAAUGAUUAUUCCUUUAUCCGAUAUUAUACAAGAACUAUUUAUCAAUUCCAGUUCCAUAAGGCCCUCUGUAAAAUUGCCCAGCCCUCAGCUGCUCUCCAUAGAUGCGACAUCACAAAUUCCACUGAAGCUGGGACAAAGUUGCAGAAUAUGCUGAAGUUAGGAAAAUCAGAACCUUGGACAAAAGCAUUAGAGAGUAUUGUAGGAAAUAAAAUGAUGGAUGCAGGACCUUUGCUUGAAUACUUUGGACCCUUAUUUACAUGGCUGGAAGAACAAAACAAGGGUGCAUAUGUGGGAUGGAACACUGAUUGGAGUCCUUAUAAUGAAUACAGCAUCAAAGUGAGGAUAAGUCUGAAAUCAGCUCUUGGAGAUAAAGCAUAUGACUGGAAUGAAAAUGAAAUGUAUUUGUUCCAGUCAUCAAUUGUUUUUGCCAUGAGACAGUAUUUUUUACAAGUGAAAAAACAGAGCAUCCCUUUUAGCAAUGAGAAUGUGAAAAUGUUUGAUUUGAAACCCAGAGUCUCCUUCUGCUUCGUUGUCACUAACCCUCCUAAUGGUACCUCCUUCGUUCCUCGAGAAGUAGUAGAAGAAGCAAUCAGGCGGUCUAGGGACCGCAUCAAUGAUGCCUUCCGCCUAAAUGACAACAGCUUGGAGUUUGUGGGUAUCCCUCCCACGUUAGCCCCUCCAUAUGAGCCACCUGUUACUAUAUGGAUGAUCGUAUUUGGAGUGGUCAUGGGAAUUGUGGUGAUUGGAAUUGUUUACCUAAUCUAUGCUGGAGUCAGAGACCGAAAGAAGAGAAGCAAAACAAGCAGUAGCAAUGAUGAGAACCCCUAUGUUGAUGUGGAUGUUGCUGGGGGACAACAUAAUCCAGGUUUCCAAAACAAUGAUGAUGCUCAAACAUCAUUUUAGAAACUCUUUAUUUUCUUAUUCAUUCCAUUUCCUGUAAAUAUUAACAUCGUGCAAUGAACAUGGGUGAGGAAGCUCCUGUAAAUGCCCUUGAACACCCAAAAUACAUCUCUGAUCAGGAAUUGCUUCUAUUCCAACAAAACAUUACAGGACCAAAUCUACUGUGUUUCUAUCAUUUACUGCUUUCGAGAGCAACACACCACUUCCGUUUCUCCAAGAGAAAAGAAGUUCAACAACUUUUUUGGGGCAAUGAGGCUGUUCAAGGAGAGGAAGAAAAUCUGAGUGUAUCAAAUUACUGUAUUACUUGAGUUGGGAAAAGAGAUCUUGGAAAUCAGAAGCAAAUGCCUGUCUUUGGUUGUGAGACUGAUUGAUUGUUUGUAAUGACCGUGCCCUCAGCAGGCUGCUGGUCCACUAGCUAACGGAAGUCAGGGAACAAAGGACAGCAUGAGUUACAUCCUACAUUCUCUUUAGCCCCUUCUAAAAAUUAUAGCCGCUUACCCAAAAGCGCCAUCAAGUCUUGCGUAUGACAUGAGAAGGAUAGAGGUGAGAAGGUUUGAAGGAAGCAGAAUCAGAAUUAGUAGGAUGAGAGGGGGAAUGGUGUUAUCAAAAAAUCAAUUAAUAUAUAUUUAUUAAAUACUUACCAUGUGCAAGACCCUGUGCUAAGUGUUAAGGAUGCAAGGAAGAGCAAAACUUAGUCCCUGACCUCAAAGAAUCCGAAGAAUUGUGUACAUAGAGGAUAUAUAUAUAUAUACACAUUUGUAAAUAAAAGGUAACCUCAGUGGGAAGGCACUGAAGAGGCAGAGAGAGAGGGAAGGGAGACCAGGAAAACCCUCUAGAAGAAGGUAGGAUUUGGCCUGAGUCUCAAAGGAAACCAGGGAAUCUUUGCAGACGUGAGAAACCCCUGGAUCUGAAAUUGGAAGGUCUAGGUUCAAGUUCUGACUUUGUUCUUUUCUUCUUGUGUGACUUCACUUUACUGUUUCUUAUCACUGAAAUGAGGAGAUUGGACUCGAUAAUUUCUAAUGUUCCUUCUUGACUGAAAUCCUACAAGUCUCCCCAAGGUAGCUACUCUACUAUCCUGAAACUUCCAGUUUUCUGAAUCAGAGAAAUUGAUAUCAUGAUAGGAAUUCUCAAAGUUUUCAUGAACUUUCUCUGUGAGUCCACCAGUGCAGAAUUGAUUCUGAGUCCCUUUUAUUCUCUAAUUGUAUCAAUUUAGUCUCUUUAAAUAGGUCAUAAACCUCUUGAGGACAAAAAAUGUUUCUCUCCCCUCUCCCCUGCCUUCUUAACCAGAAUAUCCAGCACAAGAAUGAGCAUAUUUUGACUGGACACACUUCCUUAACCUUCUCUCUGACAAAUAUGGGAAUCAUGAAGUUCCCAUCCCCAAGGAUCAAGCCAUAAACCAACUAAUGAAGUUUCCUGAGGAGAAAGUAGAGUUCCCAUGGAAAAAUGAGCUGUAC